CGAGCAACUGUCCGCGCGACCUCGCCCACCGCCUCCUACUCGUCCACGCCGCCCGCUAACACUGGCACGAGGGCCCACUGUCAUCAUCCACACGGUCAUAGUCGCUGGUCCGGGGCAUGGCGCGCGCACGGAAGGCGUCGAUGGCCUACGGGUCCCGACGACUCUUUAUGCCCAACUUCGCGUGCUACCGCCUAGUCUUCGUGACAUCGCGCUUCUCUUCCUCGUCAUCGUCGACUCUGAAGGCUCCCAUAUGAGCUGCCAGUAGACCUGAGCUUCUUUUUUGUCUCAAGCCAGCCAUCCAGCCAUCCACACCCUAGUGGGCAUUCCCGGCGCUCAUCAUGCUCCCUCGCGUGUUCCUCCUCACAGGCUUCGUCCACCAUGCCUACACACUAUCAAUACCUCGUCUUCCCUCCCUGGCCACUUUUGCCGCUUCCAGUCGUGUGCAGCAACAACAACCGCUCCAAGACACACUUGAUGCCUGGAUAAAGCAUGAAGAGCGCAUUGCACUGGACAAACUGCUCGCCAACGUUGCGCCUGGAGGUAGCAAUGUCCAAGGGAAAGGUGUGGCUGAGGGCACUGUCAUUGCCAGCCCCAGUCAAGACGGUCCGGACUACUGGUUCCAAUGGGUCCGUGACGCUGCUAUCACCAUGGAUACCCUCGUCAACAUAUAUGCCGAUGAUCCCUCGUCCUCGCGCGCGUCUUCUCUAUCCAUCAUCCUAGAUGCAUAUACCUCCCUCCAAGGUGACAUCCAGCGCACCUCAAACCCGUCUGGCACAUUUGACGACCUUUCCGGGCUAGGUGAGCCCAAGUUCCAAGUCGAUGGCAAGCCAUUCACCGGCUCGUGGGGACGACCUCAGCGCGAUGGGCCGGCCCUUCGCGCACUGACGCUCAUGCACUAUCUACGCGAGUACAACGCAUCCCAUCCCUCACUAUGGAGCUCUCCUGACUCCGAAGACUUUUUUGGUUCAUUCUACACUGCUGAAAUGCCCCCUCGUAGCAUCAUCAAAGCAGAUCUCGAGUAUGUCAGCCAUUUCUGGAACCAGUCGGGAUUCGAUCUCUGGGAAGAGGUCGAGGGCCUGCACUUCUUCACCCUCAUGGUCAGCGCGAGGAGUCUGAAGGAAGGCAGUCACCUUGCCAGAACCUUUGGAGAUUUUGGUGCGGCGGACUGGUACCAAAAGCAAGCUGGGUAUAUUGAGAACCUGUUGGGCAAAUUCUGGAAUGCGCAAAAAGGACAACUUGUUGAGACGCUAUGGAGCAAGAGGAGUGGCCUCGACUGCGGGCUGCUUCUCGGCUCUUUGCACGCCCUUCCUAAGAGCCAAUCUGAAGAUGAUGUCGUGUAUCCUCCGUGGUCUGACGAGAUUCUUGUUUCUCUACUUGCUUUGACUCGGGACCAGCGCGACCGCUUCCCCAUCAACAGCAAUCCCUCUGAUCAGGAUGACGAUGAUGACAAUGUAGACGAAUUCACGUUCCAGGGAACGGGCCUUGGCCGUUAUCCCGAAGAUGUAUACGAUGGCUAUGGAAACUCGAAUCGUGGUGGAAACCCAUGGUUUCUGUGCACCUCUUCCGCCGCUGAGAUUUUGUACCGAACUGCCUCGCACAUCUCUGCCACCGGCAACUUGACUGUUACCGAUGUCGGCCUUCCCUUUUACGAGUCUCUCCUCGGUAGCUCGUCACUAGAUGUCGACGUUGGCACUUUUGGCCCCACAGACGCCCUCUUUCACUCCGUCAUCGAGCGCCUUCAGAGCACCGGUGACGAGUUCCUCCAAGUAGUCAAGACGCAUGUGGAUGCUGAGGGAAGCAUGAGUGAGCAGUUUGACCGUGUGACUGGGUACAUGCGUGGUGCUCAGCAUUUGACUUGGAGUUAUGGUGCGUUUUUGCAGGCUGCUAGAGCGAGAAAGAUUUCUGUGCAUUAGUCAUGCGCGUUGGAGGUUUUUAGAAUGGGACGGUGCCUUGUUUUUCCAUUUUCUUUCUUCAUUUGGUAAGGUGAAAGAGAAGCAUGGACUCACGAUGUUUAUGACUGGAAUCACGACCUAUUAGCGUGGAGUUGGAUACUACAUUUCUUUUUUCUGUUUCUCUUUUUUUUACUGGAAAGCAUCACAGCAUGCAAUGCUAUAUACCCUCGCUUUGUAUCAAUGACUA